AUGCAUGCUCCGACGACGCAUCAUUGGCAGAGUGUUAAACGGCUUCUUUGCUAUGCUUCUGGUACUCUUCACUAUGGUCUUUCGAUUCGCCGCUCCCCUGCUGCUGAGUUGGAGUGGGUCCAGAACCUUCUUCAUGAGCUUCACCACCCGCUGGCCACUGCUCCUACUCUCUAUUCCGACAAUUUAAGCGCCACCUAUUUCAGCUCCAAUCAUGUGUUUCACUCUCGUAUGAAGCAUCUCACUCUUGACUACCACUUCGUUCGUCGGCUUGUUCAGGCUGGCCGGCUUCAUGUCUCUUACAUUCCGACUACCCAUCAACUUGCGGAUGCUCUCACCAAACCACCGCCCUCCACACGUUUUCUUCUUAUGCGAUCCAAGAUUGGCGUCGUUGAUACAUCCUCCAUCUUGCGGGGGCGUAUUAGAGAUAAAUGA